GAGAAGAGAAGAGAUAGGAGGAUAUGAAAGAGCAAGACGAGAGAGUGUUGCUACAUGAAGCCAUAAGCGUAAAGUAGGCAAGUAAGUAGGCAUGUGAGUAUGCCCCUCCCACAGAGUUACCCUUCUCGUACACCCCUACCUACAAUCAAUGGACCUCUCUACCUAUCUAGGCACUCCAAACCGUCUCUCAGCUCACAUGCAAAUCCGACAGCCGACAAUCCGACAGCCAAACCCGACACCGACGACGACGACGACGACGACCCCCACGCCAAACGCCAAACACCCAAUAUACACGCAACAACAGGGGCCGACGGGAACCCCUACGGACAAGGAGCAAGGAGCAAUGACAACGACAAGGACGAGUACGACGAACGUCCUCGUUCGCGCAAGUCAUAGCCAUCUGCAUCUGCGUCGGCGUGCAUGUGCUCGCCUUACCUGCUCCAGUCUUCACACAUAGUCCACUACCAAAUUAGCAGCACUGAGCAGCCAGGCCACCAGAUCCAGCACAGUCAUACACGCACCCCGUAUUACGCCCAUGGCCAUGCUCAUCCACCCGCGCGCACGCCCGCCCGCCCGCCCGCGCGCACGUC